CUUUUGGUCUUGUUGCUUCUUCUUCCUCAGUCUCCAGGUUGGAUUAGUGAUGCUGAUGGAACUUUGCGGGUCCAGCAAUUUUCAGGUUAUACUUUUGGGCCUCAUCAUGAUGCCUGUAUGCCUGGCCGCUAUGGACAGCCAAGCCUUUCAUGAACUUGAGAAGGACCCUUCCUACUGGGACUCAAAAGCAAAGGCAACACUGGAUGCUGCACUGAAGCUCCAUCCUCGACAACACCGGGCUAAAAACAUUAUUCUGUUUCUUGGUGAUGGGAUGGGUGUGUCUACGGUUUCAGCAGCACGUAUCCUGCGAGGUCAGAAUGAGGGCGGGUCUGGGGAAGAAACGGUGCUGGCCAUGGACACCUUCCCAUAUGUUGCCCUCUCUAAGACCUACAGUGUGGAUAAGCAGGUUGCGGACAGCGCCAGCACGGCCACGGCCUAUCACUGUGGGGUGAAGGCCAACGCCAAGACAGUUGGACUCAGUGCUAAAGCAGUGGCCUAUGAGUGCAACACUACUUUUGGAAAUGAGGUCUACUCAGUACUACGACGUGCGAAAGCCCAAGGUAAAUCAGUGGGUAUUGUGACCACCACACGUGUUCAGCAUGCCUCACCAGCUGCAGCCUAUGCCCACUCUGUCAGUCGCAGCUGGUACAGCGACGCAGACCUUCCUUCCAGUGCUCAAAAACAUGGAUGUGUGGACAUUGCUACCCAACUGGUCACCAACUUUGACAUUGAUGUGAUUCUUGGGGGAGGAAGGAUGUACAUGACACCAAAAGGGACUCCGGAUCCUGAGUAUCCUACCUCCUCUUCUCGUAAGGGAAACCGCAAAGACAAGAAAAACCUUAUUGAUGUGUGGUUGAAUGCUAAACCGAACAAGAAAUCACUGUAUGUCUGGCAUAAGAAGGAGUUUGAUGAGAUAAAUGUGAAAACUACAGAUCGUCUUAUGGGUCUUUUCGAAGCAAAGGACAUGAGAUUUGAUGUUUUCCGGAAUACCACACGAGACCCAUCUAUUGUGGAGAUGACCGAAAAAGCAAUUCAAAUCCUCAGGAAGAAUCCAAAAGGAUACUUCUUGUUUGUGGAAGGAGGGAGAAUUGACCAUGGACACCAUGAUGGCAUUGCAAAACUGGCACUAACUGAAGCUGAGAUGUUUGAUCGUGCAAUUGAACGGGCAGCGCAAAUCACCAGAGAGUCUGACACACUGACAGUGGUAACUGCAGACCACUCUCAUGUCUUUACCUUUGGUGGUAACACACCUCGAGGGAACCCCAUUUUUGGUCUGGCGCCAAAGAAAGCAGAUGACGAAAUGCCUUUUACCAGCAUCCUUUAUGCCAAUGGCCCUGGUUAUGUGCAUGUAAAUGGAACCAGAGGGAACAUCACAAUGGUGGAUUACUUGGAUGAGGAGUACAUGCAGCAGGCCGCUGUACCAUUGGAUGCUGAGACACACGGCGGAGAAGACGUAGCCAUCUACGCCAAAGGUCCCAUGGCUCACCUGUUUCAUGGAGUAAAGGAGCAGAACUAUGUAGCACAUGUUAUGGCUUAUGCAGCCUGUUUGGAGCCAUACAAAAACUGCCCUCCUCACCAUCACAGCCAUUCCUCAGCUGGGAGUGUGAACAGACAUUUAGACCUUUGGGUCAAUAUGCUUGUCCUUCUUUGGUUUUUAAGAUGACCUUCAUCAAUAGACAUACAUUUAAACUGUUACGGUUAUUUGCAUGCAGUAAAAGAAAGACUAUGGAUUAAGUGCUUUCAGGUAAAUAUGCCAACAUGCCCAUUUUGUGCAUGGGCUGAAAAGUCAGAGUGCAUGGAUGAACACUGACAGUACUGUAUUUAUUACCAAAAACUCCUUGGAUCAUGUGGUAUUGAUCCACACACACUAGUGUUUUGCCAUAGAUUUGCAAUGCAAGUUUGAGCAUGCAAGUGUUAACUAAUCUAAGCUGCAUAGCAAUAAAAAGUUGAGCACUGACAGCUUGUUCACAUGAAAAUAUGCAAUGAUGAACUGUUAUUCCUUUGUAAACUGAAACAGUUUUUCGAGAGAGACGAUUAAAGACUCAAUAUCUCAUCCAACAUUCCAACUGAUCAAUGUACAACUUCAAAGAGACUGUAGACUUGCACUAACUUGUAAGUUCAUGAUUUAGUGAGAUGUUUUUAAGAGUUCUUUAUUUUAUGCCAUGGAUUUACAUGAAAUGAAAAUUUACUGUGUGCAUAAGAUUUUCUCUGAAUAUCUUGAAGCCAACAACCCUUUGUGGUACAUUUGUUGGGAUAUAUACGUUUACUGAAGGAAAAAAUGACUUGAUUGAGUAAAUUAAACCCAAACUUU